AUGGCUCUCAAGCUUUCUCAUUCUUUAGCCAUCAUGCUUUCCCUCUCCCUCCUCUUGUCUGCCAUCUUCACAGUAUUCAACACCGCCCGGUUUUCUGUUCCUGAUCGCCAUAUUCCUAUGCUGCACAGUAGAAGAGCUCUGGCCACCAAAUUCGACUUCAAGCCCUUCAUGCGGUGGCGGCGACACCGGAGACAAGACCCCGCCCCCGCAGCCGGAAGCGAAUUCGACCCCCGCUACGGCGAUGAAAAGCGCCUCGUUCCCACUGGCCCCAACCCAUUGCAUCAUUAG